GCAGAAUUGGCUUUUUAAGAUGGCCACCACUGAUGCGCAGCUGCCCUUCAUGCCUCAGGGCAAAGUUCAGAGCAGCAAGAAGGACAAGAGCCCCAAGAAGGUCUUGCUGAAGAUGUCUGAGGUUCCCGAUCUGGACAUGCCAGCUUAUGUGGGCCGUGGGCUGGAACCAAUUCAAGAGGACAUGGAGCACUUCGCAGUGAUCUCUCCGCCUCCGGGAUUGGACAAACGCGACGAUGAGUUCUCCGACAGUUUGUGGAGCCGAUCAACGACCGGUGGAAGUGGCAGCGCCUUUGAAUCGCCAGACGAGGAUGAAGAACCAACCAAAUCGUUUGCUGAUCAAUUUGCCAUGUUGUCAUCGUUGCAGUACCAAGAGUCUGCCUAUCACAUGAUUGCUGCCUCCUUGUUGCAAUCCACAAAAGGGCCCCCGCAGGCUCAGCAGGAGUGCGCAACUACCUGGGCGCAACCAGCUGUUCGCAACUUUUGCCCUUGGUGUGGCUGCAAGAGGGCUACCUACUACACAUUUUGCCCCAACUGUGGCAACAAGCUCGAUGAGUAG